CCAUAUUAUUUUAUUUUAAAAAUAUUAUAUUAAUAUUUAGAAGUUAAAUAAUUAUAAAAAAUCAGUAAGACCAUAUACAAUGAGACUAGCUGCUGAAUAAAAAUUUCAACAGUUGAACUUUUAUAAUGAGCUUGUUUAAAAUCCAAAAAAAAUCUGAUGUUAGAUUAGUUCUUGUUGAAUUUAUUGAACAUGUUGAAAGUGUAUAAUGAGGGAUCCACCGUGUUGAUUUUCUCUACUUUAAACCACACACAUAAAAAAAAUAUGAUAGAAAGUGACAAUUUUUCUUUUUAUUUAAAAAAAAAAGAGAAAAAAAUUGUAUCCGCACAUGCCAAACAAUAUCACCGGUUGAUGGAGUUUUAUAAUUUUUUGUUAUACCCUAAUUACUUUAGAUCAAUUAUCUUGUAUCAAAUAAGAUUUCUUAUAAAAAAAUUAUAUCAAAAUUUAUAAAUUUUUGUGGUCUACAAAAAAAAAAGAUUUUGUUCAUUUGAUUUGGAUAUAGGAAAAAUCAGUUAUUUCCUACAAUAUUUUCAAUAUUUUUGAAGAAAAGAUUAUUUCAAGUUGAUCAAAAAUAUUUUGUGUUAAAAAGAUAUUUAAAAUUUAUUUAGUUUUUAGUUUAUUAUGGUUUUUAGUUUAUUAUGGUUUUUAGAUAUGUUUUCAUUUUUUUGCUAUAAAAUACAAUUAUAAAAGAAGAAAAAUAUGAGACAAAAAUGGUGAGUAGAGUGUUAAAUUUUGUUAAAUGAAAUUAUUUAAGGUGUAAAAAUUAAAUGAAUAUUGAAUUAAUAGGUGGAAGAUGAUAUGGAGUGUUAAAAGUGUUGAUUAAGGUGUUAAAUAAUUUCAACCCAUUGUAAGGAUUGUUUGCAAAAAAAAAAAUUACUUUACAAACUUUAGUGGCUGUAGACUUACAAAACAAUUUCCUUUGCAAACUUUAUAGUUUAAUUAAUAGGUAAUAACAUGCGUCUUGCAGGAGAUGUGAUUAUUACCGUUGUUAUUUUUUAGUAAAGAGAUAAUUAAAUUUGUUUAAUCUGAAUAUCGGUUCGGUUUUAAGUUAUACAUAUUAUUAUACAGGACAAUUUUUAUAUGUUAUUGGCAAAAAAACAAGAGGCUAUGACUAUGAUAGUGUUUUUUUUUUAUAACGAAGUUACUUGUUCAUUGGGUUUUGGUAUAACUUUUUAAAAAUAUAAAAAAUAGAAGAAAAACUAUCUACCUGAUAAUCAAUCUUAAAUCCGAAGAAGCUAAUUCUCUUGUAAAGGUAAUUUAACUUUCAAUAAAACAAGAAUCAUUUUGAGAGAAACGGCGACAAAAAUGGCGAUUGCCAAUAGAAGAUGAAUCUGUGUCAGUUUCAAUUUUUUCUUUUGAUUUUGGAAGAUCGGAGGAAGGGUUAUCAUCAGGAGAGGGGGAUCGGUUUGAUUCUCAAUGCGACGGUAUAUGGCGAUUUGAAUCUGGGGGAAUCUUGGGGUUUUCAAAUAAUCUGGAGAUAUGGGGAUCGUAAGGAAAUUCCAAUUUGGAAUUUGAAUGAUUUUAGGCUGGCUAGCGAAAAACUUCUAUCUUAUUGGGAUCUGCUGGCAGGAAAAAAGGAAUUCGGGGAUCUCGUCGUUAUGAAUCAUGUCUCAAGGACAAUGGCUUGUGAAGUCUGGGGGCCAGAAGAAGCAGGCGCCAAGUGGGGGUUUGAAGAUUUCGAUCCCGAAGUUUGACAACUCCACGCUUAUUACGGGGUAUUCAAAGACUCUGAUUGGCCGGUGCAUGAAUCCGCCGAAGCAGGAGAUGAAUGGAUUGCUGUAUCAUCUCCCACAAAUCUGGAAUGUUGAAGAGAGGGUGGUGGGCGCAGACUUGGGUCUUGGAAGAUUCCAGUUUGAUUUUCAGGAAGAGGAGGAUAUCAUUGAAGUGCUUAAGAAGGGGCCUUUUCAUUUUGAUAACUGGAUGUUGUCUGUGGUGAGAUGGGAACCUGUGGUGGAGGAUAAUUAUCCUUCGAAGAUUACUUUUUGGGUGAGGGCUAUUGGAGUUCCUUUACACUUUUGGGCGGAACCGACUUUCAAGAGUAUUGGUGAUGCGUUGGGGGAGGUUCGUGGAGAUGAUGCGAUUGAUAUUAAUGAUGGGAAGAUUCGGGUGAUUUUGGAUGCGUUUAAGCCGCUGGUAUUUUCUAUCACUGUGGAGUUUCAUAGUGGGGAGGAGACAGUGAUUGCGUUGCGCUACGAUCGUCUUCAUGGCUUCUGCAGGACGUGCUCGAGCUUGAGACACGACCAAUCAAGGUGUCCUACCACGAAAGGCGCAACGGAGGAUGGUGAUGUUGGUCCAUCUGACAAGCCGGAUCAAGGAGGGAAAGCGUUAAGCUAUAAGGGGGCAGUGGAGUCUCAACAUACGGAGAACACUUCUGGUGGAGAGAGUAGGAGGCAAAACCAGCAGGGGGCGGGAAAGCAGGAUGUGAAAGGGAAAGGCAUUGCUUAUGAGGGAGGAAGACAAGGGGGGGUAGCCAAAUCGGGGCCAGGGAGAAGGUAUAGAGAAAAUGGGAGACCAACGGCGAGGUAUGUUAGACAGGCUGGAUAUCUUCCACCUCACGAGCUGAAUGAUAGCUAUGUUAUGGCAACGAGUGGUAUCAAUGGGUUGAGGAAUCAGGAGGUGGGAGGCCAUCUGGAUACUCAACAAAAAUUAAUGCUUGAGGCAUUCAAGAGUGGGGCAAAGGGGGAGGUUUCAGAGUCUAAGGCCCGUAAAGCUUUACUGUUUGAGAGCGAAGGUCAUGAGGAGGGACUUGCUGUAACAUCAGGUGGGGAUCCUGUAGAAACGGUUCAGAGGAGGGAAGAAGUUAUGGAGAAGUCGGGAUUCUCUAAGGAGGUGGCUACGGCAGAGACGGAAGGUAUGGAGGGAAAUAAUUUUGUGGAGUGUUCAAAUGCGGAGCAGGAAGGAAUGCAGGUGCUGGAGAUGGGAAACAAGGAAGAGGUGGUGUCGUCGGAGAUGGUAGCAGGCCUGGAUGAGGAAGAUGGGCAUUUGGAGUAUGAGAUGAUGGAGGAUGGUGUGGACGAUGUGAGUUCUGAGCGAGAGGCGUCUGGUGAUUUAAACUCCAUGGAUGUUGUGGAAGCUUCUCCGGUUGCUGAAAGUGAAGACUUAGUAGGAGAGAAAGAGCAUCAGGUCCCAAAGAAGAAGAAUGGGAAGAUCACUGCUGCUGCCAUGGGAGGAAACGCGAAGAAAAGAUUGGUUCAGAGUCUCGUGUCUCCACGGAAGAAGGCAAUGGCAAAACAAGGCAGUAAGGCGGGAGACAAGGGUCAAGUCCCCACCAGGAAGGCUUUGAUUAAGCCGAAACCAGACCAGGAUUAAUUUCCUUGUUUUUUUUUCAAUUAAGUUAUGAAUAAGUGUAGGGCUUUUGAUAUGAAGUUUCUGGUUUAUUAUAUUUUGUUCUCUUGGUUUAAGUUGUCUCUGAUAAAGUCAGGGAGUUGGAAUAAAGGAGUUGGUUCCCGUUUUAA